AUGGAGAAGGCAAAAACAAUCCCACUCCAGAGAGCUGAGCUUCAUUUCUCUGUUAGACAAGUGGAUCGAUACCUUCGAGAAGGAAACAAUUUCCGGUGCCUGAGUGCUUCUGCUCCUGUGUUCCUCGCUGGUAUACUUGAGUACCUGACAUCCAACAUCCUUGUGCUGGCUUCUGAGGAAGCCCUCAUCAGGGGCAAGAAGCGCAUCACCCCAGAGGACUUGUGUUGGGUGAUUCAGAACAACAGACAGCUCAGUCAACUCUUCAAAGAGAACAUCAAAUCUCUGGAUGAUUUUCCAUAA